UACCCAGGGUUAUCAGCUUAAAACAAGAUUACCGCCGCCGUUAAAGAGGAGAAGGGUAAGCGAAAAGAAACGAAUCCAAAACAGGGUACGCACCAAAAAGACAAGCGGCGGUGGAGGCGAUAAGCACUAAUCCCAACCCCAAGACCGGCGGCGACUUCCGGCCUCGGAUUUUGUGUGCGGGAGUUUUUGAGAUCGAAAAGAUAGGCUGAUAAGAGUAGGUGGCGGGGCCGAGGGGAUUUCCGAGUACCGUCAUCCGCCCGAACAAGAUGGCGCAGAAGCGGCAGCCCGAGGGGGGGAAGGCGGGAUCCGACGAGAAGCGCCAGAAGCUUCCCUCCUUCAGAGCGAUUGUGGAGAAGGCAAUUCAGUUGGACCAGCUUCAGAAACUGCUGGAGCCUCUGGUUCGAAAAGUUGUAAAAGAAGAAGUUGAAUCGGCCCUAGCAAACCACUUGGCUAGCAUGACACAACAAUGUGGAAAGCAGAUAUUUCCAUCCACCUCAAGAACUUUACAACUACAGUUCAACAAUAAGCUUUCUCUUCCAAUAUUCACUGGCAGUAGAAUUGAAGGAGAGGAUUGUUCAGUCAUAACUAUAGCUUUAGUUGAUGCCUUGACUGGGCAAGUUGUUGUGUCAGGUCCUGAGUCCUCGAUGAAGGUGGAAAUAGUGGUUCUAGAGGGAGACUUUGAAGGUGGUGAAGAGGAGAGUUGGACAUAUGAGGAAUUUAGAAGUAAUAUCGUUAGGGAAAGGGAAGGCAAGCGAUUGCUCCUUACUGGGGAGGCCCUUGUAGAACUUAAUAAAGGGAUUGGUAUGAUAGGAGAGCUGUCUUUUACAGAUAACUCCAGCUGGACUCGAAGUCGAAAAUUCAGGCUGGGGGCAAAGGUUGUGGAUGGUUACUUUAGUGGAACGAGAGUAAGGGAAGCCAGGACUGAGCCAUUCAUGGUUAAAGAUCAUCGUGGAGAGUUGUACAAGAAGCAUUAUCCCCCGUCGCUUUGGGAUGAGGUCUGGCGACUAGAGAAAAUUGGUAAAGAUGGUGCUUUCCACAAGCGUCUGAGCAGUGAAAAUAUAAAUACUGUCAAGGAUUUCUUGACCUUAUUGUUUAUGGAUGCAACAAGGCUCCGAAAUAUCUUGGGCAGUGGCAUGUCUGCUAAGAUGUGGGAGGGCACUGUGGAACAUGCUCGAACUUGCACAAUCGGAGAUCAGCUGCAUGUUUACCAUCCGAAUGGCCCCACAAAACCUGGGGUUGUAUUCACUGUUGUGGGACAAGUAGUGGGGUUAAUUUCUGAGCAGCACCUAAUUGCUUUUGAUGAUCUUUCAGACAAUGAAAAGGCAGAAGCUCAAGUGGCUGUAAAACUUGCUUUUGAACAUUGGAAUGACGUGCUCACCUCUGAUACUGGAUCUGUUUUGGGCAACACUUCAAAUGCGGCUCCUCCCUUUGCCUCAGGGUCACAAUCCUCACAAGACAAUGUAUAUACCACUUUCCCAAGUCCUGUUAAAGCUGAUGGCUUUGGUUUCACCAAUGCAAGCAUCCCAUCACCAGACAUUUUCUCCAUAGGGGUCACAAGGGCCACGGAUGCUUAUGGUCUGCAAGGUGUGGAUGGUAUGGAAUCUAGAUUUGAAGCCGAGUCAGAGAGUCUCAUGAGCCGGGAUGCUUUCAGAGACUCCAGAGACCUAGAAAAAUUUUCCAACCCUUUAAUUUAUGAGUGUGGUAACCAGGCAUUAUUUGGUGAAGACAGUUUGCAGCAGUAUAUGAAUUCUAACGUCUCUUUGCUGUCGCAUAGCCUUCCUGCAGACUCGGCUGACCUGGGAACUGCAGUCACUGGCUUCCUUGCAAUGUCAGCAGCACGGACAGCAGCUGUCCACGGGAAAGCCUACAGAGUAUGGAGGACAUUGUUAUGUGUGUUGAGAUGGAGAUUCUCCAUAAAGAGGAUUGUGGCAUUAAAGAAGAAAAUGAUACAUGGAAAAGGGAGAUUUGGUUAAAAAUAUCUAAAAAAGGAAAUGAAAUUACAGAAAAGAAUAAAGAGGUUUUAGUCUGCAUGAAUGAAACUGGUCUUGGCUUGUAAAUCAAAGGCCUUGUCUGUUUCUUUUGGUGUAUAGAGUGUAUUUCAAACUGUAAUUGCCUCAGUUUUGGUACAGUUUCAGAAGAAACUACACAGCGAAAAAUGCUCUGUAUAUAAUCAAACUGUGCUACAAUGGUUUUAAUUCAUCAAGGCACAGGUUGCUUAAGUGGGAUAACAGGUUUGAAGUUUGAGUUGCAAUGACAUGCAGAGUCUUCUUACAU